GCUGUUUGGAGCCAGCUUGAAUUGCCGCUGGGACAGCAAUCCGCGGGCAAAUCUAAGCGCGAUGGUAAAUCUAAGACGGACACGGAAGAACCGGCAGUGAAGGAUGAGAGUUCCAACGUCGCAGGUUCCAACCAAAGAAAGUCAUCGGAAGCUGGUCCAGAAGGAAUCCGCUGGGGUUAAGAAGGAGAAGGCUGAGAUAAAGAGAGUCGGAGAUGCUGAACGAGCUGCUGGACAGUCCGAGCGGAUGAUUCAGAAGAUGGAGGGUGAGAUCGUAGAUCAAUCGGAUGUCGCCGGAAGUCGAUGGCGCGGAUGUGCCGUUGAGCCCGGAGUAGUUGGAAGCACAGGAAGCAUUCGACAGGGCAAUGGUGGUUCUCAAUCGUACUCAAGUGGACAAGCUCCAGGGGCACAAACAGAUGAUGGAAGCGGACAUAUGGGCCACCCGGUGGCACGGAGUCCUGGGCCAAAGUUGGGGCGCCGAAUAGUUGCGAAACAGGGCUGGAUUUCUACCAAAAGGUGGCGAAUCAAGUGACGUUUUCCGGCGGAGCAGACGAUGAAGAUGAGUCCGACUUGAAGAAUCUGGAAAGGAUUGGUCCGAUCUGAAACAGGAGGCUGCGAGGAGGAUCGCAACCGCGACAAGGAUGAUUACGUGGGCGGCCGGACAUCGUCAAAGAAACGGUUCCAUUAUAGGUAAGUAACAUAUCGACACUGAUUUUUCAUAAGGGCCAAUGUCGCAAUAUUAUGAUGUAAAUUCACCUGGCUGAUGUUGGUUGCAAACAAUCCUCUUGGGGGAGAAUAGGGAUGUCAUCUACGUAGAUGUACGUGUGUAAGGGUCGAUUUUUUCACUCCCGCUUAAGCGUCAACCUGGCUUAACUAUAUGGGUAAGCCUGGCUUACCGGAGGUAAAGAAAUCUACACUAGAUUGCUAUAUGCUAGAUUCUUUUCGCUUGCUAACACUGCAUAAUAAUUAUUUAUUGAACGCAUGCCGUUUUCAAACGAGAUCGAUAAUGGGCUUAGUAUUUGUAUUUAUAUAUUUAUUCGUAACGGUAACCUAUUAGUAUAAUACUUUUUCUUAGGUCAAGGAACUUAAACUUGGUUGAAUUGUUUUGCUUCUAUCACAUUGUUUUAUGUGUUUGUGUUGUUUUCGUCUCUGAAAAGAUUUUUUUUUGUCCAACGUUUCGGUCAUUGUGAGGACUUCUUCAGGAACUCAUUUACUGUUACACCUAAAUUUUCAAUUCAAAGAUCUUAAAUCGAACCCUCUAUCUCUCUUACCAAGUUCGGUCAAGAGCAGCAGCCGCGACAAGCACAGCAAGGAUAAGCACCCCAGCAGCGACAGGAAGCAGUAAGCAUUACAGCAGCAACCACAGCGACAAACACAAGAGCAGUAGCAGCUGCAGUAGUAAUAAAACGAUCGUGCGACGAAAGCAGGGACAACUCGCACCAUCACAAGAGCAAAAAGUCCAAGAAAUAAAAUGAGGGAAGUGACGCAUGACAUUACUUCCGGUCGCAGAUCCGUUCCUGAAGGAUGACAAUCGCUCAGCAGUAGUAGCAGGAGCGGUCAUCGUCUAUUAUAAUUCUGUUCCAAUCCCCUACGUUUAUUACAAAACAACCGUCAUACCUCUGAAUCGUAACAUGUAUGUGCAUUAUGUUUAAGUAUUCAAUAAAAACAAUUGUUGGUGUAUGGAGGGGGGUGGGGGCAGGUGUUCAGCGGGUGGUUUCGCUGGAAACUGCAAAACAUCCGAAUAAACCCAAGCGAAUUAUACUUUUGGA